AUGAACAAAAUCAACGAACUUCACAAAUCGGACACAGUAGGUAUCGAUAACAAAGUAGCAAGUGAAGUACUGUGCGGUAAAGAAGCAUGGCUGGCCAGUCUCCCACCUUGUGGAUAUGCUUCUUCAACUGAUGAGGAGAUACAGGAUGAGAGGAGGAAGCUGUUCUCAGAGGAGAUACAGGAGGAGAGGAGGAAGCUGUUCUCAGAGGAGAUACAGGAGGAGAUGAUGAAGCUGUUCUCAGAGGAGAUACAGGAGGAGAGGAUGAAGCUAAUUCCAGAGGAGAUACAGGAUGAGAGGAGGAAGAUGUUCCCAGAGGAGAUACAGGAGGAGAGGAGGAAGCUGUUCUCAGAGGAGAUACAGGAUGAGAGGAUGAAGCUAAUUCCAGAGGAGAUACAGGAUGAGAGGAGGAAGAUGUUCCCAGAGGAGAUACAGGAGGAGAGGAGGAAGCUGUUCUCAGAGGAGAUCCGGGAGGGGAGGAUGAAGCUGUUCCCAGAGGAGAUACAGGAUCAGAGGAUGAAGCUGUUCUCAGAGGAGAUACAGGAUGAGAGGAGGAAGCUGUUCUCAGAGGAGAUACGGGAUGAGAGGAUGAAGCUGUUCUCAGAGGAGAUACAGGAUGAGAGGAGGAAGCUGUUCCCAGAGGAGAUACGGGGGAAGAGGAUGAAGCUGUUCCCAGAGGAGAUACAAGAGGAGAGGAUGAAGCUGUUCCAAGAGGAGAUACGGGAUGAGAGGAUGAAGCUGUUCUCAGAGGAGAUACAGGAUGAGAAGAUGAAGCUGUUCCCAGAGGAGAUACGGGGGAAGAGGAUGAAGCUGUUCCCAGAGGAGAUACAGGAUGAGAGGAGGAAGCUGUUCCCAGAGGAGAUACGGGGGAAGAGGAGGAAGCUGUUCCAAGAGGAGAUACGGGAUGAGAGGAUGAAGCUGUUCUCAGAGGAGAUACGGGAUGAGAGGAUGAAGCUGUUCUCAGAGGAGAUACAGGAUGAGAGGAGGAAGCUGUUCCCAAAGGAGAUACAGGAUGAGAGGAUGAAGCUGUUCCAAGAGGAGAUACAGGAUGAGAGGAGGAAGCUGUUCCAAGAGGAGAUACGGGAUGAGAGGAUGAAGCUGUUCUCAGAGGAGAUACAGGAUGAGAAGAUGAAGCUGUUCCCAGAGGAGAUACGGGAUGAGAGCUUGAAGCUGUUCUCAGAGGAGAUCCAGGAUGAGAAGAUGAAGCUGUUCCCAGAGGAGAUACGGGGGAAGAGGAUGAAGCUGUUCCCAGAGGAGAUACAGGAGGAGAGGAUGAAGCUGUUCUCAGAGGAGAUACAGGAUGAGAGGAGGAAGCUGUUCCCAAAGGAGAUACAGGAUGAGAGGAUGAAGCUGUUCCAAGAGGAGAUACAGGAUGAGAGGAGGAAGCUGUUCCAAGAGGAGAUACGGGAUGAGAGGAUGAAGCUGUUCUCAGAGGAGAUACAGGAUGAGAAGAUGAAGCUGUUCCCAGAGGAGAUACGGGAUGAGAGCUUGAAGCUGUUCUCAGAGGAGAUACAGGAUGAGAAGAUGAAGCUGUUCCCAGAGGAGAUACGGGGGAAGAGGAUGAAGCUGUUCUCAGAGGAGAUACAGGAGGAGAGGACGAACCUGUUCCAAGAGGAGAUCCAGAGGGGAGGAGGAAAGGAGAUACAGGAUGAGAGGAGGAAGCUGUUCCCAGAGGAGAUCCAGGAGGGGAAGACAAAGCUCUUCUCAAAGGAGAAACAGGAUCAGAGGAGGAAGCUGUUCCCAGAGGUGAUACAGGAUGAGAGGAGGAAGCUGUUCCCAAAGGAGAUACAGGAUGAGAGGAUGAAGCUGUUCCAAGAGGAGAUACAGGAUGAGAGGAGGAAGCUGUUCCAAGAGGAGAUACGGGAUGAGAGGAUGAAGCUGUUCUCAGAGGAGAUACAGGAUGAGAAGAUGAAGCUGUUCCCAGAGGAGAUACGGGGGAAGAGGAUGAAGCUGUUCCCAGAGGAGAUACAGGAGGAGAGGAUGAACCCGCUCUCAGGCGGGAUACGGGAUGAGAGGAUGAAGCUGUUCUCAGAGGAGAUACAGGAUGAGAGGAUGAAGCUAAUUCCAGAGGAGAUACAGGAUGAGAGGAGGAAGAUGUUCUCAGAGGAGAUACAGGAUGAGAGGAUGAAGCUUAUUCCAGAGGAGAUACAGGAUGAGAGGAGGAAGAUAGGAGAUACAAGAGGAGAGGAUGAAGCUGUUCUGAGAGGAGAUACAGGAGGAGAGGAUGAAGCUAAUUCCAGAGGAGAUACAGGAUGA